AUGAUCGGACUCGUGCUCUCUCCCUCGGCACACACUCAGAACCCGUGCACCGUCUUCGUGUUUUUGCGUGCGUUCGAUCACGCCGGGGCGCGGAGGCGGCUGGUCAAGGCCCGCGGCGGCGUCACGCCACCACAGCGGCUCAUCAACGUAGUCCUUCGUUGGACAAACUGGACGGUACAAAGGUGGCGCGGUGGCGCGGCGUCGGCGGCGGCGUGUCUAAUGCGGACUAAUGCCACCCGGGGAACAAUGGGACGCGCGGACCAAACUGCCGUGUUGGUGCCGUGGUCUCACUGCGCCGCGCUCACCUAUCUCCUCACAAUUUCAUCUACAUACCAA